AUGGAUGCGGGUUCACAGUCACUCAAUAUGCGUUUCUGGUCGCGCCGCGAAACCAUAUUACGCCCAGGUCUUUGGUCAUCCGAAGAUCUGCAACUCUUUGGCUGCCAGUUCAGCGCCAUCCAUGCCUUCGAUCCGCAGUCCUGCGAGGCUGCCGGCGCUGACGAUAGCUCAGACCACGCUGUCGUCGUGGAAAGGGAAGCAUUGGUUCUGCAGAAGGCAUACUGGCCGACGGCAAGCUCUAUCGACAUUGCAGGUAAGCCCGGCCCCGACUGGCAGCCCAUGGAUGAGAAGCUGACCGCAGUCUACGGGGCUAGAGAACCGCCGUUGUGUAUCGGCAAACGCGUCAUUGGCCGGGCGUCGCUCAGCUUUUUCCUCCCGGUGGAGAAGCAGCAUCUUGCCCGCGGUGGCCUACUGCCCAUGACAGGAUGCAUCGACUACCGCAUGAUCUCCGGGGCGCGGGAGAAAGCCGUUAUAUGCGGUCCACGUCCAAGACAGCGCCGUUGCAGCUACUCUGAGCGACUGAAGCGUAUCACGCCGAGGGUGUGGACGGAGGAUCCGUAUAUACUAUUUAUACUCCUUUCCAUGGCACAGCACCAAUACCACAGCAAGCGCGGGCGCCGUUGCACCGCGUUCCGAGCAUCUCUAUUCGUCACUAACUCGGCGUUCAGGCAGGAUAUAUAUCUAUUCGACGCGGACAUUCCGGCGGCGCUCCUUGACGAGCUGCAGGACCCGCGCAUCGUCCCACAGCGGCCAACGCGGCUCGUCAUCCACGGCACAAGGAUAAGUAUCGAGCCGCGUAAAGACUUGUGGGCGCGCCUCGUGGCCGCGCUGUCGAGCCGAGGGGGGGACAACGCCGCAGACGGGGUUGGGCGGCGAGAUGGCGAAGAACGGCGAGACGUGGAACGACGUCAAGAUGUCGAAAGACAAGGAGAUGGCGCAGAUGAGGAGGGCUGCGAGCGGCAGGAGACGUAA